AUGUCACCACCGGUACCAAAGCAAUUAUCAGCCAAAGAGGUGAUUAAAUUCCUUUCAAACUAUUCCUCGUGUGACGUUUCCGAUGCAUUGAAUCAACAAGGAUUUGCUCAAGGCGGAUUUAUUCCCAAUUUACUUAACCGAUCUCCGGUAUUGUCGACUACUUCCGCAGUCGGAAAAGCGUACACAGUAUUGUAUGCCCCAAAAUCUGAUCCACGACCUGCGGUGAAGCAGUCUUAUAUUGACCAAGUGCCAGAGGAUGCUAUUGUAGUAAUCGGGUUGCCAUUGGAAUUGCAAUUGACCACAGCCCCCUACCAUAAGGUUACCAAUGCUUUAUAUGGAGGUUUAAUGUCGACGAGAGCACAAUACAGGAAAGCCAACGGGUCAAUAGUUUUAGGACGGAUUAGGGACUUGGACGAGCAUAAUGAAUUGAAGUAUCCCGUAUGGUCAUAUGGCUUGGGAACAACUGCCAAUGGUCCGGCACUUAAGGUUAUUGGCAUAGAUGUUCCUUUGGAAAUCAAAGUCACUAGCAUUGACCCUUCAAAGGAUGAGGAUAUCUUACUCAUAAACCCAGGAGACUAUAUUGUAGCCGACAAGAAUGGGGUUGUUAGAUUGGAAGACAAUGAGAAGUUGAGUGGUGUGUUGACUUAUAUUCCAAAGAGAGUUGAGGCAGAUACAAAUGUUAGUGCUGAUAUAAAAAGCGGGAAACCUGCCAGUGAGUCGCAAAAGUUCUGGAGGGGCAAAAUUUGA